CCGUUAAAACCAGCCUCCACAUUCUUCUUCAUUCCCUCCCUCGUUUUUGCCUGCACAAUCGGAUCAUAUCAUUUCCCUUCAAACCCCAGAAAAGGAAAAUGUUUACAAAACUAAGAAGUAGAAGAAGAAGACCAGUCCAAAUAUUUCAUUCUUGACUUUUAUUACGUACAAGAAUCCAAAAGGAGAAAAGAAAAAACUUUUAUAAUGUUGCUUGAUUGACUUAAAUUUUAUGAUUCAAUGUUGUCAUUGGCUUAUAUAAAUUGACUGCGUCCUCAUUUUAAUCAAUAAUUAUGACCCGUUUGAUUUAACCGAUCAACACCAGCUUCUGCUCUGAUCAAUCUCAGGUUGAAGAUUGCGGUGCAUUUAGGCAUGGAUCGUAGAAUGAAUCCUGUAUAUUUAAGGCAGCAAAGCGCAGCGGAGUCACCGCAGGGUUCAUCAUCACCGGUUAUGUCUCCGUUGCACCCUAGACAUGUCCGUACAGGCUCAGCCGGCAUGCCUAACAUGAAAAAAGCACAGACAAAAGCCGCGGCACAGAGGCUGGCACAGGUGAUGUCACACCAACCACCUGAUGGCGAUGAAGACGAAGAUGAUGAUCUUUCUUAUGAUUACAGUUCUACUGGUUUUGGUAGCAUUGGUCUUGCUGGUGGUAGGAGAAUGCCGCGCCCACAAUCUCCUAUGCCUAAAGCUUUACCUAUAAGUCCUGCACAAGUGAGGAAACCACAAUCAGCAGUGGAUGAGGACUAUGAAAAGGAUGAUGAUUAUGGCAGCAUUGGUCUUGCUGCUGGAAGAAGAAUGCCGCGGUCGCAAUCUCCUGUGACCAAAACUUUACCUAUGAGUCCUGCACAAGUGAGGAGACCGCAACCAGUAGUAGACGAGGAUUAUAAUAAGGAUGAUGAUUAUAGCUUAGUAACAGGUCCGGUGACCAUUGGCCGUGCAGGUGGAAGGUCAAUGAGAUCUCAUUCUCCUAUGGCAGUUCGUACCAAACAAGAACAGCCUGCCUCUAUAAAUUCAGCAGCAAGUACUAGACCAUCAUUAUCUCUGAACCCUGUGGAACAGCCAUCACCAGCUUCUUUAAUUUCGCCAACCCAAUCAUCUCAGGCUACAAAUGGCUCUGAACAACCUCUUUCUGCUCGUCGAUUAUCUACUAAUUCCAUAGAACAGCCUUUAUCUGGUCGUUCUUCAUUAUCUGUUCGAUCAUCUAUCAAUUCCAGUGAACAACCUCCAUCUGCUCGUGCUACUUCAGCUGGCCGUCCCAGCAUCAAGCCUGUUCCCAUGCCAUCUAGUGUACCUAUUUCAUUAAGGCCAGUCUCUCCUAUAGUUACACAAGAGCCUUCAGUGGAUAAUCGGAAAGAUAAAAGAUUGUCUAUAGAUUUUGGGAGUGCGAACCUAAAAGAUACUGGUAUCUAUCAAUCAGCUUCUGCUUUACAGGACGAGGUUGAUAUGCUGCAGGAAGAGAACGAAAGUUUAGUUGAAAAGCUUCGACUUGCAGAGGAGAGGUGCGAGGAAUCUGAGACAAGAGCUAGGCAGCUUGAGAAACAGGUUGCUAAUCUUGGACAAGGUGUAACAUUAGAAGCUCGCCUAUUAAGCAGAAAGGAAGCAGCUUUGCAGCAAAGGGAGGCUGCUCUCAGAAUGGCAGAACAAACUACCAAGCCUGCAGAUAUUGCUGCUCUUAGGACAGAAGUUGAGGCUGCUAAGGAUGAGGCAACAUCUGCUCUAGAGCAGCUCCAUGAAGUUCAGUUCGAAGUUAAUACACUUCGGAGUAUGAGACAGAGAAUGGUUCUGACUCAGGAAGAGAAGGAAGAAGUUGUUCUAAAGAGGUGUUGGCUAGCACGGUAUUGGAGCUUGUGUGUGGAACAUGGCAUACACCCAGAGCUUGCUGAAGCAAAAUAUGAAUAUUGGUCAUCCUUUGCACCUCUUCCUGUUGAAGUUGUAAUAGCUGCAGGACAGGGAGCUCAAGAUGAUAACUCGUCAGCAGCGCAUAGUGAUGCAAAUGAAAGAGAGAGAGUUUUACGGGAUGUGAAUGAACUUUCUGGAGAUGGAAGUGUUGAAAGCAUGCUUAUAGUUGAGAGAGGUCUGCGGGAAUUGGCUACAUUGAAGGUAGAGGAUGCUGUAGCACUUGCCAUGGCGCAACAACGGCGUCCAAAUUUGCUGAAAACAGAUGAAGUGAAGCUACCUGCUGAAGGACAAUUUGAAGCAUUUGAAUUGAGCCAAGAGGAAUCUGAAGAUGUGCGGUUUAAGCAGGCUUGGCUUACAUAUUUCUGGAGAAGAGCGAAAAACCACGGAAUCGAACCGGACUUAGCAGAAGAGCGCUUGCAGUUCUGGAUCAACCACGCCAAUCGCUCUACCACAUCACAUGAUGCAGUUGAUGUUGAGCGUGGACUACUGGAGCUGAGGAAGUUAGGCAUUGAGAGGCAGCUAUGGCAAGACUCUCGGAAAGGCCUCGAUAUUGACUCAAAUUCUAGAACAACACCUGUUGAGUCUUAAAGACUUCCGAUACACACAUAGAUUUGGCCUUUCAGACAGCGUUUUGUCCGAAUCCUCCUCUUCAAUACAAUAUAUCAUUUCAGUUCAUUCAGAAAACCUUGUAGCUUCUGUUAAUGCUCGACUUAAUUAAAGAGCAUCGAAUCAGCUUUUACAUUUCAGCAAGCUUUCUAUCAAUCUGUGUUGCGAAUUCAAUUGUAGGAAAUUUUGUAUGUCCGCCUAUCCAUCUGACAACAGUGGCGGAUAAAAGGGAGAGAAUGGUGGUGAAGGCUGCCGUCACCUUCCCUGACUUGGAUAUUUAUUUUAAAUAUACGAGAGUUUAAAUUUUUAUUUUAUUAAAAUAAAGUUGGACUAUUUUAAAUUA